AUGCGCGAGCGAACCAAGAAGCUUGUCACUUAUGGUAAAGCGGCUUCUAAUAAGUCACAAAAGGGGACGGGCAGGGCCACCGGAUCCACCACAGCAGCAGACGCCAGCUCGGCUCUCGAAAGCAGUCGUACAACCGGGGCUCUUCCUUCAUCCCAUACCCUUCGACGACCACAGCGUGCUCCCGAGGCUCGCGGGUCUGGCAGUCUUUCAGUAAGUCAUGCCGCUACGAAAGACUGGCCCGAGCUUCAGGAAGAUACCCUGGAAGAUCCCACGCAUUCUCGCAUAAAGCGCAGAAAAAUUACUACGUUUGCGCAAAGCAGACAAACACGGGCUGGCGACGCUUACUCCGACAAACGCCUUGGCUUGUCACCUAACGAGGAUACGGGUCAUUCGUCUGUUAAGUCGUUCCCAAAUGGCGCGAAAGCUAGUGGCAAGCGCGAGACACGAGACACAUCCAAACUCAGUCAAGGACAACAUAGCAGAUCAUCAGAAUCGAAGCCCGAUCUAGCAAGCUCAGCAUCUUCAGCCCGUGCAUCUCACAGUCGAAAGCUUUCGCGUACUUUGACUAAAGAUUCCCCUCCGCCUCCGGCUGCCGUCCCUGAGGAGAGUUCUGGUAUUUCACCGGGAAGGCAUCAAUGCCAGAACGUGACUCCCACGCGGCGACGAUUAGUUGAUCACCUCGCCGUGAAUGAAGACUCGCCAAGUGGAGAAUUGUCGGGUUUGAUGGGAAGGCGCACUGGAAAUGACGAUGUUCAGCUGCAAAGAGCUUCCCCCUCUAGUUCGCAGCAGCCGUCUGACGAUCCCGAUUCACGACUCAGAGCGCGUCUCUACCGAAAUGGGUCCCCCGACCUGGAUAAUGCUCAAGAAUCGACUUCCCAACCACUGCCUAAUCUGCGGGGAUCUAAAGUGACUUACGCGCGGCAGCGAUCCUUUUUGGAUGAAAUGUCUUUGUUGGAAGAGGAUGGUUUAUCCCAUACAUCGCCGCACGGCAAGAAGUCAUCUUUCAUGAUUGCACCUACCCCGGCAAUCCCAUCAUACCCUCACAACGAUGAGGUGAAUGACAACAGACCGGUUCGCAGUAUCCAUGAACUGCGGCAAUCUGGGGAUAACGCUCGCUUUCGGGAAGCAGUUGAAUUGAUAUUUGAGGAUAUUGAAGAUUCCGAUAAUUCGACCCCUGAGAGAUGUUCGGCAUUUAUACAGUUGUGCGAAAAACUCCUUGAUCGGCGAUGCGUGUCCCAUUUUUCGGAGUAUGGGUUCGACGAACGGCUUGUGAAAUCCAUGCGGAAGGAUAUCGACAUACAGUCCGCGUCUCUUGCCCUGUGCGCCUAUCGGAUGGCCUGCGAUGGAGGCUCCUUUUCCUAUGCUCUUUCGGGCCCGUUUUGGUCACGGCUUCUGGACCUUGCGCCCGCAUUGCUUGAUGUGGAGGUAGAACUGCUCUCCUUAUUGAAACAGCGCUCUCUCGGUCUCUCGAGAACGACGCAUGCAUCCGCGAAGAAAAUAUUACCCAACCUGACCUCCGCCGCUUCUGGGGACUCGGCGUUGUCUGAUCAAGUGACCCCCCAGUCUCUGACACUUUCCAGCAUCCAUCAUGUUUUGCAAAGGGUUCGGGAGAAGGGAAGCACGGUUGAGCCGUUAUCUGCGUCGCUGUUACAUAAGCUACUGCAGUUGCUGCCACUCGAGGAUCCCGAUGAGGCCUGUUCUCUAUCCCCACAUCGUUCUCAGAGAUCCGUUCUGGUGUUAUCAAUUUUGGAAACCUAUACGAUCGUGUCAGGACCAUUGGAUACGGAACAGUGCGCGUCAUUCUACCCGCUUGGUCAACUCCAUACCUUGCUUAAUGCAAAGCGAAACGACCCGGACUACGAGAUCUUGAUCCUCUAUGUUCGACUGAUUCUGAAUUUGACCAAUAAGGAUCUAUCGCUGUGUGACAUAUUUACGACUCCCCAGAUUCUUUCUGGGCUUGUCCAUAUCAUUACAGCCGGCUUUUCUGAGGAGCCAGAAGGUCCUAUCGACAAAGAAAGCAGCUCACUCAACACAGUGAUAUUGGCGCUGGGAGCGCUGAUUAACUUGGCAGAGAAGAAUGACGGGUUCAGAGCCAUGUUUCUCAUUCCGUCACCCGGUUCAACACCUUUCCUCCAAAGCCUCAUUCAGCGGUUCUCCACCAAUAUUGGCCACGUCGAUCAGGCACAUUCAGUCCCUGAAAUGCACCAUAAUGUCGCUCUUGGAUAUCUAGCGAUUCUUCUGGUUACAAUAUGCUUAAACUCGGAUGCCUUCCGUCUCGCGAAGGACGUUGUUGGCAAGAAGGGAAUUUCGCUGAUGCUCUCGACAUCCCAAGAAUUUUUACAAUACUACCAGCGGGUAGAACAGGACUCGUACCCUCUCGAGGGAAGAGAUGAGAAAGAAUCCCAAUUCACGGGGAGAUUAGAACACAUAAUAUCGGAAGUACGCCAACACGCUGGGAGUGUUUAA